GUGACCAGCCUCGAUGAAGCAGCAGCCGUCCUAGAGACUCUUGUGGCAGCCCUCGCCUUCGUCUCAAUUCCCUCACCCUACCCGCCACCGAUUGCGCGCGCGGCUCUUCAGCUCGCCCCGUCCCCAACAAUGGCGAAGAAUGAGGCCAUGAACCGCCAUGGUUCUGUCGAGAGCUCCGGAAGCUGGCGAUCUGUUCGCUCCAACGAUACCGUGCGACCUUUUGCCCGAUCUUCUCGUGGUACUCCCGUGACGGUGCAAACCGCCAAGGAUUCCAACUUUCUGCUAGAGAAGGAGUCUGACAUCUCACCUGGCACCCUGCCUCCAGCGCCUCCACCAAAGGAUCCCGGUCACAGACCUCGUCGGAAUGUCAAUGUAGAUAACCAUCAGACCAACGACUUCAGGGACUACCGGAAGCAGCUAGCUGUACUGGAAACAUCGGGGAGCAGAAUACCGUCAAUAUCGCGCAACCCACCCACCGCCACUUCGCCAACCCCUCCGUGGGCCUCAGGGUCCAAUGGUGCCAGCAUGGCUGCGAGCGUAUGGGGAAGUUUCUUCAACGAUUCCAACGAGGAUAUUCCUCAGUUGUCCCCUCAGUUCAGCCGCGUGGGAAGUAGCAGAGAUGACAUGAUGGCCUACGAUGAUGCCCGGCGGCCUUCCGCCGCCAGCGCGACCACAAUCAGUAGCACUGGCUCCAAGUCGAGUGCUAGUAGGGGUGUCGGUCCCGGAUAUCACAAACGGUUACAGAACGUUUUCGGCGAGGAAUUUCCCGCCGAUUCCCGCCAGGGCUCCGACACAAGCCUUCCGACACCUUAUGCAGACUCGCAGUCAAUGCGCUCGUUGCGGAACCGCAACAACUCCAUCAAUAACCCUCCGAUCAGCACCCACUUUCAUAGCAGGCCUGGUUCACCCAACGAGUCGCGGCCCCGCACUCCCCUCCCCUCGUCAGAGGUGACUCCUUGGGAAUUUCAAGACUUCAGUCAGAACAAGGAAUCGCCUGCCAACCUUGGAAAUGGCCGAUCAUCAUUCGAACAACAAUCCACGAAAUCGGGCAAAAGCUCGCACACCCACAAGCUCAAACUGCCUGGUCAUAGGCAUAAUCGGAGCAAAGAGGAGCCCAAAACACAAGAAGGACGUGUUGAAAUCAGCCAACCGUACCCUCUACGACCAGUCACCAGCCGAGGUGAAUCUGCGUUCAGCGUCAGUCGCGAUCAACCCUAUCAGUCUUCGUUGGGGAGCGCUUUGGGCUCCAAAUCCAACCUUCUUGCCCGCCCAUCCAGCCCUACUCCGAGCGCGUUCAGCGGGAUCACACGAGAAGGCUCCGGCUCUCAGAAAUCACCCAGCACGAGCAAAGGCCCCCGUUCCCUGUUUGGCCGUUGGGGAAAGCACAAGACGGAAAAGCCGGGAUCUGACCUACGGGAUCUGCAUUCAGCGCCAUCGACCACUUCCCUCCAACCAUCCAUCAAAUCUAACAAACAACUUUCAACAGAAGCAAUACCUAGCACGUUUGCGCCGAAAAAGAAGUCGACCAUGGAUAGCGCCAAGGAGAAGCCGCCUAAGGAGGGUAAGAAGGACCAUGGACGAAAACCCUUCAGAAGAGACAAGCAGAAAGACUUGCCAGCAUCCGAACAACCUCAAGGAAAGGAUCCAAAUGAAGCUCAGAUAGGGAACGACCUGAAUGGUGCCAUAUUCAAACUAGAUACGGAUCUCAAUGACAUGCGGGGUAUCGUUUCGACCACUUUGCCGCCACAACCAAUGGCAACGCCGAUCGGUGAACCGGUGUCUACCACUUUUGGUGUGGACGAGAAAGCAGACCCCAACGACGAAACAACGUGGCAACCACCCGAGUCUUGGAUCAAUCCGCAGCAGGAAGAAACACGAGAUGAGCAACCUGAUGUCGUGACGGAUAGCAGAAUGUAUUGCGUGCGCGUCUUUAGGGUCGACUCCACGUUUGCAACUCUCUCCGCAACUCUGGACACCACAGUUGCCGAGAUAAUCAGGAUAUUGGGCAAGAAGACCUUACUCCAAGAUGAACUGAACAACUACAAUAUCGUCAUGCGGAAACACGACACAUCGCUCCAGCUGGAUGCCAGAGAACGUCCUCUCCUGAUACAGAAACGACUCCUUGAGCAGGCUGGUUACACCGACGCUGAUCGUAUAGAUGAAAUUGGUCGAGACGACAAUAGUUAUCUAUGCAGGUUCACAUUCCUUCCCGCCAAGAUGAGCGGAUAUGCAAGUCUCGAAAAGGAUCCUGGGUUCACCAAAAUGCAGAAGUUCAGCCAUAUUGAUCUGGCGGGACGAAACCUCAUCACUAUACCCAUUGCACUGUACCAGAAAGCCACAGAGAUAAUAUCUCUCAACUUAUCCAGGAACCUCUCGUUGACCGUCCCAAGAGACUUCAUUCAAGCUUGUACUAACCUCAGGGAGAUCAAGUACACGAGUAACGAAGCUCGGAAAAUUCCAGCCAGCAUUAGUCUUGCCAGCCGCUUGACUAUGCUUGACAUAUCCAACAAUCGAAUCAAGGACCUCGAGGAGGCACAACUGUACAAGUUGGCAAGUCUCCAAGGGCUUCGACUCUCCAACAAUCGAUUGACUAGGCUCCCGGCUUAUUUUGGUCAUUAUCGCGCGUUGAGAAGUCUCAACCUGAGCUCGAAUUCUCUUAGCGAGUUUCCGGAUUUUCUGUGCGAUGUAAACACCCUUGUGGAUCUCGAUAUCUCUUUCAACUCCGUGGCCAGUCUUCCCAAGAUUGGGCAGUUGACCUGUUUGGAGCGACUCUGGGCCACCAAUAACAGACUAUCCGGUAGCUUCCCAUCUUCCAUCAGCAACCUAGUGAACCUUCGAGAGAUUGACGUACGGUUCAACGCUCUAAACAGCAUGGACGUCAUGUCACAAUUACCAAGACUAGAGUAUCUCUUGAUCGGUCACAACUCUAUAACAUCUUUUGAAGGUCACUUCCCCAAGAUGAGAGUACUUCACAUGAAUCACAAUCCAGUGACCCGCUUCACUCUAACCCAAUCGGUCCCUUCCCUUUCUGUCCUGAAUCUCGCAUCCGCCAAAUUGUCGCAUCUACCCGAAGACCUAUUCCCCAACAUCACUGGUCUCACGAAAUUGAUCCUCGACAAGAACCACUUCAGCUCCAUCUCAAGUAACGUUGGAAGGCUUGUGAGGCUUGAACAUCUCAGUAUAGCACGCAACUCUCUAGGCGAACUCCCUGCCGAAAUCGGCCAAUUGGCCGAGCUUCGUUAUUUGGACGUGCGAGAGAACAAUCUCAAUCAAUUGCCUGUUGAGAUAUGGUACGCCCGUCGCCUGGAGACACUCAAUGUGUCCUCCAAUGUUCUGAGAGCAUUUCCGAAACCAGGCACUGCCCCCCCGCCAGCUCCUGUGAACGGAGACCACACUAAUCUCGAUGGAGCAGCAUCCUUACCAACACCAGGACUGAACCACAGUCCUAGCUUCGAGGAGUUGGGCAAGUUAGAAGAUUUCCAAAACAGGCGUCCCAGCCAAACUUCAGCCAAUUAUCUGACAUCGGGUACGUCACCAGCAAGCUCGCAUCGAAAAGGUUCUAUGGCAUCAUACGGCUCUGCCAGUACGACAACAACAGCAAGGAAGCCAUCGGUGGCAUCACGUACCCAGACUGAAGGCACUAUCACACCUGUAUCACGCAAGGACUCCAGCCUUUCUAAUAGAUUGGUGACGACAUUUGCAGGUUCGUUGCGACACCUCUUUCUCGCUGACAAUGAACUCCCGGAUGACGUGUUUGACGAGUUGAGUUUGUUAUCUGAGCUGCGGAUAUUGAACUUGUCCUACAACAAAAUCUACGACAUCCCGCCACGGACUAUCAGGAAAUGGCAGAAGAAUCUUACCGAGCUAUAUCUCUCGGGUAAUGACCUGACCUCUCUCCCGGCCGAGGAUUUCGAAGAUGUAGGCUCUUUAAAAGUCCUUCAUAUCAACGGCAACAGAUUCCAGGUUCUUCCAGCCGAGCUUGGAAAAGUCAAACAACUCGCAAUCCUCGAUGUUGCCAGCAAUUCCCUCAAGUACAAUGUGUCCAAUUGGCCAUACGACUGGAACUGGAACUGGAACCAUCAGCUAAGGUACCUGAAUCUUUCAGGUAAUAAGCGACUGGAAAUCAAACCUACCCACGGUGGGUCCGCAAUGCGUGAAGGUCGCGACUUGACUGAUUUCAGCUCCCUCGUCAACCUGAGGGUACUGGGCCUGAUGGAUGUUACCAUGAUGAUUCCCUCCGUGCCAGAGCAAUCGGAAGACAGGAGAGUUCGCACUUCUGGCUCGACUGUUGGUGUCAUGGCAUACGGGAUGGCGGACAGCCUAGGUCGCAAUGAGCAUAUCUCCACCAUGGAUAUGGUCGUCCCUCGAUUCCGCGGAAUUGAGGAUGAACAGAUCAUCGGCAUUUUCGAUGCACAGCCCCUCACGGGCACCGGUUCCAAGAUUGCCAAAUAUCUUUACGAUAAUUUCAAGACUCGCUUUGGGAUGGAGCUUGAGAAGAUCAAGCAUUUGCCAAAAGAGUCCCCUGUGGAUGCGUUGCGAAGAACUUACCUUGGCCUCAACAAAGACCUGGCUCUUGCAGCGACACAGGCUUUCGAUAAGACUGUCGCGGCAUCAUCAACACAGCCACGCGUUGCUCUUCCCGAUCUUGGAGAUGAUGAUUUGAGCUCAGGGAGUGUUGCCACGAUUUUGUAUUUGAAGGAGAUGGAGUUGUAUGUUUCAAACAUUGGUGACGCCCAAGCACUCUUGAUUCGCUCUGAAGGAGGUCACAAAAUCCUUACUCGGAAGCAUGACCCUGCGGAGACAAGCGAGCGACAAAGAAUCAGAGAAGCUGGAGGCUUCGUCUCGCGACAAGGGAAACUGAACGACGUCCUAGAGGUGUCUCGAGCGUUUGGGUACGCGCAAAUGUCGCCUUCGGUCAUUGCUAGUCCUCACAUCCUUCACCUUACGCUUGGUGAUACGGACGAAAUGAUUCUCAUCGCGUCUCGUGAGCUCUGGGAGUAUCUUACCCCGGAUUUUGCUGUCGAUGUUGCUCGAUCUGAACGGGAUGAUCUUAUGCGCGCUGCACAGAAGCUACGCGAUCUAGCCAUCGCAUUUGGUGCGACGAAUAAAAUCACAGUCAUGCUUCUAGGAGUUGGUGACAUCAAGAAGAGACAAGGAGCUCGAUUGAAGGGUGCCGUUGGCGGGUUCGACGUAAACGACGUAUACUUGCGCAAGAAAAAGAUUCCAAAGGAUCCCCAAAACUCCACCAUAAAGCGUCUCGAUAGAGAGAUAGAUGCACCCAGAGGGGACGUCAGCUUGGUCUUCACCGACAUCAAGAGCUCAACCUUGCUUUGGGAAACGUAUCAGAAUGCCAUGAGAUCGGCCAUCAAGAUGCACAACGACGUCAUGCGCCGUCAGCUACGAAUCAUUGGAGGUUAUGAGGUCAAAACUGAAGGCGAUGCUUUCAUGGUCGCAUUCCCGACAGUCACAUCUGCUUUACUGUGGUGUUUUACGGUUCAACAGAAAUUGAUGGAGGUCCCGUGGCCACAAGAGAUUCUUGACAGUGUCAAUGGCCAAGAAGUUCUCGACCAAGAUGGCAUGGUCAUAUUCAGGGGUCUUUCUGUUCGCAUGGGUAUCCACUGGGGCACACCGGUGUGCGAGACAGAUCCUGUAACUGGGCGUAUGGAUUACUUCGGUCCCAUGGUCAACCGAGCCUCACGAAUCUCGUCCGUCGCCGACGGUGGACAAAUUACAGUAUCAACUGACUUCAUUGGGGAAGUACAACGACUUCUAGAAACGCAUAUCGAAGGCGAUCGCAAUGGCUCUGUCGGCUCAGAAGAAGCUUACAUGGACGAUGCUCUUACUCAGUCAAUACAACAGGAAUUACGAUCGCUCAGCAGCCAAGGUUUCGAAGUCAAGGAACUGGGUGAACGUCGUCUCAAAGGUCUUGAAAACCCUGAGUACAUAUACUUGAUGUAUCCCCACUCUCUCGCCAACCGUCUCACGGUCCAGCGACAAAUCGAGCAAAAGCCUGCUGAGACCCCCAGUGCGCCUCAAGCCGCUCAAAAAAUGAGUGGCAGCCAGCUCACCAUUGAUACUGAGAAUGUUUGGGAUCUUUGGAACGUGAGCUUACGCCUGGAAAUGUUAUGUAGCUCCUUGGAAAACUCCGACUCGCUGGAGCUGAAGCCACCGGAGACUGCUCUAUUGGAGAGGAUGAAGAAUCGGGGCGGCGAGAUCACAGAUCGAUUCCUUAUGAAUUUCGUUGAACACCAGAUUUCAAGAAUCGAGACUUGCGCUACAACUCUGGCCCUUCGACACAUGGUCAGGCCCUUCGGUCAAGGUUCGCUCCUCGAACAAGCCUGUCCCAUGUCCGACAUCCUUACCGAGAUCCAAUUUCAACUAUCCGAACUACAAGCAUACAAAGACGAGGCUGCAUCCCAACUCACUUCAGCCUGA